CCCAUGGCGGCGGCGGCGGCGGCGGCGGCUGGCGGCGGCGGCGGCGGCGGCGGGCCGGGGCCCUCGCGGGAGCUGCUGCUGGCCUGGGACACCGUGAGCGCCGGGCUGGUGCCGCCCGCGGCGCUGCAGCCCCCGCCGCCCCCCGCCGCCUGGCCGCGCGCGCCGCCGCGGGAGGAGGAGCUGCGCGCCGCGCUGGAGGUGCUGCGCGCCCACGGGCUGCACGCCGUGCUGGAGGAGUGGUUCGUGGAGGUGCUGCAGAACCACCUGCAGGCCCAGGUCUCCCCCGAGUUCUGGGGCGCGCUGGCCCUGCGCGAGGACGGCGCCGGCGAGCCUCAGUGCCUGCAGCUGCUCCUGGAUGCCUUCGGCCUGCUGGAGCGCCGCCUGGACCCCUACCUGCGCAGCCUGGAGCUCCUGGAGAAGUGGACCCGCCUGGGCCUGCUGAUGGGCACCGGCGCCCAGGGGCUGCGGGAGAAGGUGCACACCACGCUGCGGGGCGUGCUCUUCUUCUCCACCCCCAGGGCUUUCCAGGACAUGAUCCAGCGCCUGUACGGGCGUUUCCUGAGAGUCUACAUGCAGAGUAAGAGGAAAGGCGAGGGGGGCACCGACCCAGAGCUGGAGGGCGACCUGGACAGCCGCUACGCCCGCCGCCGGUACUACCGGCUUCUGCAGAGCCCGCUGUGUGCGGGCUGCGGCAGUGACAAGCAGCGCUGCUGGUGCCGGCAAGCCCUGGAGCAGUUCCACCAGCUCAGCCAGGUUCUGCACAGGCUGAGUCUGCUGGAGCGCGUUAGUGCUGAGGCUGUGACCGCCACCCUGCACCAGGUGACGCGGGAGAGGAUGGAGGACCGUUGCCGGGGCGAGUAUGAGCGCUCCUUCCUCCGGGAGUUCCACAAGUGGAUCGAGAGGGUGGUCGGCUGGCUGGGCAAGGUGUUCCUGCAAGACUGCCCGGCCAGGCCUGUUCCGCCCGAGGCCGGCAGUGCCCUGCGCAGGUGGCGCUGCCACGUGCAGCGGUUCUUCUACCGCGUCUACGCUGGCCUGCGCAUAGAGGAGCUCUUCAGCAUCAUCCGAGAUUUUCCUGACUCCCGGCCAGCGGUGGAGGACCUCAAGUACUGCCUGGAGAGGACAGAUCAGCGGCAGCUGCUGCUCUCGUCACUCAAGGCUGCCCUGGAGACAAGGCUGCUGCACCCAGGUGUCAACACGUGUGACAUCAUCACCUUGUACAUCUCUGCUAUCAAGGCGCUGCGUGUGCUGGACCCCUCCAUGGUCAUCCUGGAGGUGGCUUGUGAGCCCAUCCGUCGGUACCUGCGGACAAGAGAAGACACGGUGCGGCAGAUCGUGGCUGGGCUAACUGGGGACUCGGACGGGACGGGUGACCUGGCAGUGGAGCUAUCUAAGACAGACCCGGCAAGCCUGGAGACUGGCCAGGACAGUGAGGACGACUCCGGCGAGCCUGAGGACUGGGUCCCCGACCCUGUGGACGCUGAUCCAGGAAAGUCCAGUUCCAAGCGGCGCUCGUCGGACAUCAUCAGCCUGUUGGUUAGCAUCUAUGGCAGCAAGGACCUCUUCAUCAACGAGUACCGGUCACUGCUGGCCGACCGCCUGCUGCACCAGUUCAGCUUCAGCCCAGAGCGGGAGAUCCGCAACGUGGAGCUGCUGAAGCUGCGGUUUGGCGAGGCCCCCAUGCACUUCUGCGAGGUCAUGCUGAAGGACAUGGCCGAUUCUCGCCGCAUCAACGCCAACAUCCGUGAGGAGGACGAGAAGCGGCCGGCCGAGGAGCAGCCUCCGUUUGGGGUCUACGCCGUCAUCCUCUCCAGUGAGUUCUGGCCCCCCUUCAAGGAGGAGAAGCUGGAGGUCCCCGAGGACAUCAGGGAGGCCCUGGAGGUGUACUGCAAGAAGUACGAGAAGCUGAAGGCCAUGCGCACCCUCAGCUGGAAGCACACCCUCGGGCUGGUGACCAUGGACGUGGAGCUGGCUGACCGCACUCUCUCGGUGGCCGUGACCCCUGUGCAGGCGGUGGUCCUGCUCUACUUCCAGGACCAAGCCAGCUGGACCCUGGAGGAGCUGAGCAAGGUGGUGAAGAUGCCCGUGGCGCUGCUGCGGCGCCGGAUGUCCGUGUGGCUACAGCAGGGCGUGCUGCGCGAGGAGCCGGCUGGCACCUUCUCGGUGGUGGAAGAGGAGCGGCCGCAGGACCGCGACAGCAUGGUGCUCCCGGACAGUGACGAUGAGAGCGACUCAGGCAUGGCUUCACAAGCCGAUCAGAAGGAGGAGGAGCUGCUGCUCUUCUGGACCUACAUCCAGGCCAUGCUUACCAACCUGGAGAGCCUGUCACUGGAGCGCAUCUACAGCAUGCUGCGCAUGUUUGUGGUCAGCGGACCGGCGCUGGCAGACAUCGACCUGCAGGAGCUGCAGGCCUUCCUGCAGAGGAAGGUGCGCGACCAGCAGCUACUCUACGCCGCGGGCGUCUACCGCCUGCCCAAGGGCUGCAGCUAGUGGCCCCUCACCCAAUAAAGCCGCUUCUUCGUG